AUACUUCAGGUAGGCCUGCAGGUGGCAUCGAAAGCUUAAAUUGAAGGUGACUUCUGCAUUUCUCCAGGGUAGAGAAGGCGGGGACUCGUCCUGCUGUACGACUUCAAGUCCUCAUUUACGAUUUCGGCAGACCCCCAUCCUAAGAGAUACAGGCUGACAGAAAGAACAUUCAUUCUCAUCCAAACCCGACCUCUGCUUUCCAUCUUUUCCACAUGACUGAGCUAGGCAGCAGCCGUGAACAGCAGACCGGCACCUGUGUUCUUGGUUGAAACAAGAUGUCUUCGGCCAAUGAGAAUGGAGUCAGUGGGACUAGCAAUACCAGUAGAGAGAAAACAUACAAAAAGACUACUUCAUCUGCCCUGAAAGGAGCCAUCCAGCUGGGCAUCGGUUACACCGUAGGGAACCUGACCUCAAAACCUGACCGAGAUGUGCUCAUGCAGGACUUCUACGUGGUGGAGAGCGUGUUUUUACCCAGUGAGGGAAGUAACCUGACUCCAGCGCACCAUUAUCCAGACUUUCGCUUCAAGACGUACGCCCCAUUGGCUUUCCGCUACUUCCGGGAGCUGUUUGGGAUCAAGCCAGAUGAUUACCUGUACUCUAUAUGUAAAGAACCUCUGAUCGAGUUGUCUAACCCGGGCGCCAGCGGCUCGCUCUUUUACCUGACCAGCGAUGAUGAAUUCAUCAUCAAAACUGUCCAGCACAAAGAGGCCGAGUUUCUACAGAAACUGCUUCCAGGAUACUACAUGAACCUCAACCAGAACCCAAGGACUCUCCUACCCAAGUUCUACGGGUUGUACUGCGUCCAGUCAGGAGGGAUGAACAUUCGUGUCGUUGUUAUGAACAACGUUUUACCGAGAUCUUUAAAGAUGCACUACAAAUAUGACUUAAAAGGCUCCACGUACAAGAGGCGGGCAUCUCGUAAAGAGCGAGAAAACGCCUGUCCCACGUAUAAAGACCUUGACUUUGUGGACAUGCAGGAUGGCCUGUACUUUGACCCAGAGACGCACAGCGCCCUGAUGAAGACGUUACAGCGAGACUGUCGGGUGCUUGAGAGUUUUAAAAUCAUGGACUACAGUCUGCUGCUGGGUGUGCACGUCCUAGACCACGGUCGCAGGGAAAGAGACCUCACAGGAACGGAUUGGAAGAGAACUUUAGGACAGAAAGUGCUUUACUCCACUGCGAUGGAGUCCAUUCAGGGGGAUGGCAGAGCCGCCGAGGCCCUGAGCUCCGACAACACAAUGGGGGGAAUUCCUGCAAGAACAAACAGAGACGAGAAGCUGCUGAUUUUCCUGGGCAUAAUCGACAUCUUACAAUCUUACAGGUUUAUGAAGAAGCUCGAACAUUCGUGGAAGGCACUCGUCUAUGAUGGUGACACCGUCUCUGUGCACAGACCGAGUUUCUAUGCAAACAGAUUUCUUAAGUUCAUGAGCAGCAGAGUAUUUCGAAAGACUCAUCCAAAUCGUUUCUCCCCGAGCAAGAGGCCGAGGAACUCCAUACCAGCCCUGAAGUUCUCCUCGCAGGAGAUUCUGUCCUCACAGAAGGAUGAGAAACGCGAGGAAUGUGUCGACAGACUCACAGGAGCUCGUAGUCUAGCUAGUCUAGAUGGACCAGUGUUCUGGUCCUAUAAACGUCCUGACCUGGUCCCUCAAGCUCCUUACCCACAUGAAGCCGCUCCCAUCAAACACAACAUCUCCCCACCCUCUUAUUACAUGACAACUCGCUACCUGGAGGCCAGAUCCAACGAAAGAUGUGCCAUUAGUUCAAGCUCAACCUUUACAUUGGAGGACAGCGCCAUCUGUCUGAUAUCCGAGCAAAGCACCAUGAACGUUGAUAGAGAUGACGAAUCUGUGCUGGAUGCCUAUUUUUGAAAAGCAACAUGAGAUUCUUCAUCAUCUCUCCUCAUCACCUGCUUCUGUAGUCCUCUGGAUCUUCAUGUGCCGACAGCGCCCCCUGCUGCCAAACGAAAACAAAAAGUGCACAGACAUUCACCAAUGACACAGCUAUCAAGUGCAAUCAUGCGUAUCUGUACUGUGCAUCGGAUCGCAAUGCCGAAGAACUCAUUGGACUCCUUGGCAGACGUGCAUGCAACGUGCAUCAGGCCGUAGUGCCAAGAAUUAUGCCAUCAACCAAAUGCUUAUUGUGCUUUGUAGUCUACCUUUGCUUCUCAGCGGCAAACAGAUCUUACGUCAAAACUGGCAGCUCUGGGGUCAGACAUGACAUCACGUGACGGUGUGACGUCAUCGCUCUUUAUUUAAGAGAUGCAAUAAAUACAUUUAUUUGAUAUGCAAGAUGGUUUAUAAAGAGCUAUACAUUAUACCUCUUAUAGAUCUAGUUUUUAGAGGCCUACAUGCAAUGCUUGGUGAAUCGAACCUGUUCGUAUAUUUUUAAAUGUGCAAUUUUCAAACAUUACACAAGUGCUGUCGUAGUUCUCCUUACUGGGGUUAUAAUCUUUACAUUUUAAUUCCAAGGAAAUUUAAAGGAGGAAAUCGAUGUGUGACUUAAAUCCUCAAACGUUAAUGAGCACAGACAUGCUAUGUACUGUAAAUGUUGUGUAUCUUACACUGUACAACUUCACUUAUGUUGGUACAUCAACAAUGAAUUUACAGCCGAGUGUUUUACGAAUUUACAUGCCAACAAUUUUGAUAUGCCAGAAUGUUUUGUGCUAAAACGCAGAUGAUCUUUAGGAGAGUUUCACACGAGCGUCUCUCAGGAGCUCUUCUUCCUAGAGGUCCAAAAGAUUGCUUGAUGUUAAACGCUAAUGUGAUUUGAUUUUAAAUGUAUUUUAAAUAUUAUUGCACCUUUGUUUGUUUGUUUUGAGGCCAUAAUUUAUUAAAUCUAUUAUAAAUUAA